UAGGAGGCCGGUUUCAGCUGGCUGCGUUGCCGUAGUAACGAGCUCUCUAUAAAUACUGUCUGGAUCUUUUACCGGCUUCCACUCCAGUUUCAGUCCUGACAGAGGCGGAACCUCCAGCACUGCUUAAUUUUUUUAUCCCAGCAUUCUGGUCUAAUGGAAACACUCUUUGUAAAUGCUUUUUAAGAAUCAUCAGUCUAGGAAGACGCACACUGGCUACUCAGCAGGCCCUGGCCUUGAGUCUUAUUUGAAGGGAUUUAACUUCACUGGUGAGCCACCUUGGCUCCUCUGUACUUGAAUAACAUCAACACUAAAAUUUCAUCUUUCAUAUCCGAUUUACUAGUGACUAAUCAGAAGGACUUCUUGUGACCAUGGAAACUACCACUCCCACUGAGUUUGACUUCUCUUUCCUGGAAGAGGGUUUCUCUGCCCGGGAUAUUGUGGAGCAGAAGAUCAAUGAGUCAUCCACAACGGAUGACAGGGAUGCCUUCUACGUCUGUGACUUGGGAGAUGUAAUGAAGAAGCACCUGCGCUGGGCAAGGGCCCUGCCUCAUGUCACUCCUUUCUAUGCUGUCAAAUGCAACGACAGUCGGGCUGUAGUUAUGACACUGGCAUCCCUGGGAGCUGGCUUUGACUGUGCAAGCAAGACGGAGAUUCAGAUGGUUCAGUCUCUGGGAGUGGAUCCGAGCAGAAUCAUCUAUGCCAACCCCUGCAAGCAAGUGUCUCAGAUCAAGUAUGCAUCCGCCCAUGGGGUCCGGAUGAUGACAUUUGAUAGCGAGGUGGAACUUAUGAAAGUGGCCCGCUGUCAUGACAAUGCCAAGCUGGUGCUGCGUAUUGCUACAGAUGACUCUAAGGCAGUGUGUCGCCUGAGUGUGAAGUUUGGUGCAACACUCAAAAAUUGUCGAAGUCUUCUGGAGCAAGCUAAAGAACUGGGGCUGGAUGUGAUUGGCGUCAGCUUCCAUGUUGGCAGUGGCUGCACUGAUCCCCAGACCUACGCCCAGGCUAUCGCUGAUGCCCGCUGCGUCUUUGAUAUGGGGGAUGAGCUGGGCUUCAACAUGGACCUGUUGGACAUCGGAGGUGGUUUCCCUGGUUCAGACGAUACUGAACUCAAAUUUGAAGAGAUCACUGCAGUAAUCAGCCCAGCCCUGGACAAGUAUUUCCCUGCUGACACUGGCAUUAGGGUAAUUUCUGAGCCAGGGCGCUUUUAUGUGGCCUCUGCUUACACACUGGUCGUCAACAUCAUUGCCAAGAAGGUCAUCAUGGACGAGGAGCCAGCCUCUGAUGAGGAAGACGAGGGGACCAAUGAUAGGACUCUGAUGUACUAUGUCAACGAUGGAGUGUAUGGAUCCUUCAACUGUAUACUUUAUGACCAUGCUCACUGUUUGCCAACACUGCAUAAGAAGCCAAAGCCAGACGAGGUCAUAUACCCCUGCAGUAUCUGGGGCCCAACAUGUGAUGGCCUGGAUCGCAUUGUUGAGCAGUGUUACCUACCUGACCUGCAAGUGGGCGACUGGCUGAUCUUUGAUAACAUGGGUGCCUACACUGUGGCUGCUGCCUCCACCUUCAAUGGCUUCCAAAGACCCGACAUUCACUACGUCAUGUCCCGCACUGCCUGGCAAACUGUGCAGCAGAUCUGUUCCCAGGGCAUGCCGACUCCUGCGGAGGAGUCUUGCCUGUUUGAAGUGCCGGCCUGCUGUGGUCGUGAGAGCAGCUUGGAGAUGCCCACUAAGCCCUGCCAGGCCCAUGUGGUUUAAACGCUUACUGUACAUCACAGCAAUGUUCUCCAGAUCUAGCAUUGUUUUGUUAUUAAUUAUUGGAGAAGGUUGUUUUGUUUUUUUCUUCUCCCCAAAUGUACGUGACAUUUAAGGCCAGUUACUUGACAGGAGAAUGAGAGGGGCAUGUUGUUGCACAAAUGUCUGUUCUGUAUGGAAGUGGGGAUCAACCCUCAAUGAAAUGAGGCUGAAUCACACUCUUGAGUGUCUCUGUGUGGUCCAGGCAGAGUGUUACAGGGCAACGCUGUACUUGAAGCUUGUUGCUGCAGUCUUUCCGCCUCUAAAUUGGGCGAGUGACCUGUAAGAACUAGAGUAUUGUUAGUUUAUGAAGAAACUAUUUGCUGAAAUGAAAUAGUGUAUGGAGAGAAACUCUUGCUUUGCAUCACUGAAGUUUCCCAUCUCCAGAGGACUCGCAACACUUGAAACUAGUAAAAGUCCAAUAGGUGAAGGGUCAAUCUUGCUAUAAAUGUAAUACUAUCAAGAAGAAUAGUAGCAGAUGUUUCCACCUUAGGCAAUCACAAGUGCUGACUGCUAAAUGUAAGGUGGGAGGGUAGUUUAUUGUUAAAGUGCUGAGCCUUUAAAGCCCUGUUAACAUCAGAAGUCACAUCUCUAGCUAGUAACUUGCAAAGAGGUGGUCAGAGAGGUGAUUUAUUUUCCUCAAAUGGCUGCUAUGUUUAUAUUUAUCUAACAUGAUCUCCACUUCUGUACAGAACUUCCCAAGUGUUAAUCAUCAAGAUGUUAACAUAUACAGAAACUGCUUUUUUCCUCCUUUUUUUUUCAUAGCCAUUUCUUUUCCAAUGCAACAUUUGAAUAUGUAUAGGUACACACAAACUUGCAUGUAUCACAUUCUGCAUCAAAUCCUCGUAUAAUGCGUCUGUACUGAUAUGACUGCAGCUUUUGAAACAAUUUGUCAGGCAGCAUUAUUGAUGCAUAACAUUUAAGCUACCCAUGUCAAAUGUGUGAUCCUCAUAUUAGUUCUGGUCACCUGCUACUAUAGGUGCCACCAAAAACAAAUCUUCAAGAUUAACACUUACAACACAUGGACUCAAGAAGCAUACUGCACCUCUCCUCUCCCUUUUAUAUUAUUUUCUGUAACUUGUAGAAGUCAUUUCAUGAUAAGAAUAAGAAGCAGUGUUAAACAAUACAUUUGAAAUGGAUACGAAAGAGACGGGAUUGCAAAUUCAUAAUGCUUUCCUAUGGAAACUUUUUUGAAGUUUUGUAUUUUUUUAAUAAAUAAAACAUUGGGUGCAGAGCUGAA